CAAAUAAGAGCUAAUUUACUCGAACCGAGCCCGACAUUCUACAUUGGGUUAGGACUGGGUAGGGAAAGUAUUUUAUUUUAGGGUAUGGACAGAGCUCUGCUACCACUAAAUUAAUUACUAACAUUUCGAUACUGAGCCAUUCGCUGCUCUACAGUCAUAUCUGACUAAGAUCAUAAGUGUCAGAAGGGCUUCAACCUCGUCAAAUAUAAAACGAGAGAUUUUUACACAGAAAAUAGCGUUCCUUGCGUUUUGUCGAAGUUUAGUGACGAAAAGUAGCUAACUGCUCUCAUGCCUCGUCAUUGAGCAGAGCGGAGCCAGCAUUUCUAUAUGGAUACUCAGCCGCCAUGAGCAGGGAGCCAGUGACCGGUGCAGCUAAUGGAUUUACUAACGGAGUCGAUUUAUUUCUGGUUUCGUGCGACUCUCAUAGUUCAAACACCCAGCUAGAUAGUGUGCACUAAAUUGAAUUGAUGCGGAAUGGUUUAUCAAGAGACAACACAAGGCGUCGCCCACUCACCUCCACACAAGCGUUCUAUAAUAUAGAAAGGACUUUUAUUUUGACAGGUUGAUAACGUUGCUGUUGCUUACGCACGGUCGGUGGAUUGAGAGUAUGUGGAAAGUAGGAAUGUCGGAGGAGGUUGGAAAAGCGUUACAAGCGGUGGUAGACAGGGUAAAUCAAGCCGCGGCACGUCGACCCAAGACGUUGCCCGCGGUGCCGCCCCGCCUGGUAGCUGUAAGUAAGACGAAACCACCUGACAUGGUGAUCGAGGCGUACCGAAAAGGACAUCGCAACUUUGGUGAAAACUAUGUGAAUGAACUUGUGGAUAAAGCUUCAAAUCCUCAGAUUUUAGAAUCAUGCCCAGAUAUCGAGUGGCAUUUUAUUGGCCAUUUACAGAAGAAUAAUGUCAACAAACUUUUGGGUGUACCAAACCUGUUCAUGGUGGAGACAGUGGACUCUGUCAAGUUGGCCGACAAGGUAAACAGCUCCUGGCUGCGUUUGAGAACAGCUAGUACGCAGACGUUAAAGAUCAUGGUUCAGAUCAACACCAGUGGGGAGGAAAGUAAACAUGGACUGCCUCCUGGUGAGACCGUGACCACAGUGAAACACAUUUUAUCCAAAUGCGCUGCCCUACACUUCUCCGGACUCAUGACCAUCGGUCGCUAUGGUUACGACCUAGCUGAUGGCCCUAACCCGGAUUUUCAGGCUUUGCUGAGUCGGCGACAGGAAGUGUGUGCCAGUCUACAGCUACCGCUUGAAGAUGUGGAGCUUAGUAUGGGCAUGUCAACUGACUUCGAACACGCGAUUGAGGUGGGUUCAACCAACGUGCGAGUGGGUAGUACUAUUUUUGGUAAUAGGGAUUAUCCCAACACUCCCACUCCCAGUCCAGAGAGAAAGUCAAAGGUUCCUACAGAAGAGGCAGCUAAGAAGAUGGAGCGUCUCACUGUGACAGAACAGUGAUGUUUCUCCUUCCUACACUCACAACAGGCUGAAAAAGAUUUAGUAUUUUAUGAGAUUUUCUGGGGGGGAAAAAACAACAGCAGGUUUCCACAGUAUGUCUUUAUGAUGUCUUUGGUUGAUGUUGUAGUUUUCUACAGAGCCCAUUCAUUUAUUUGAGCAUUUUGGGAUGACGUUCGAUCUUUUAAGUUGACAUUAGACAUAGAUUCUCAUUAAUCAAUUGAUGGUAUAGGAUAUAAGAAGUUCCCUACCUCACAUCUUGAUCUUGUGCCAACCCUAGAUUCAAUAGAUACCGUUUCACAUGAUAACGGAAAUCGAGAUAAUUUGGAGAGUCAAGCAGAGGUCGACUCUCUCGACUCCCCCUUAUCAUGACGUAUGGUAUGAGUCAAUUAAAUUGUUUUGUAUGGUGUCAGAUAUUUGACGUUUUUAUAAUUGAUAAACCAAAUUAGAAAACGGCAGGUAAAAAAUGAUUCAUACCAUAUGUUUACAUUGCCACAUAAUUUCAUUUUGUGUGAUGUCAGUGAUUCUGAAUUAUUUGUUGGUGCAGUAAAAAGAUUUAAGAAUGAACCUAUGCAAAGAGGAAAUAGUUUUAGUUUGUUCUGUUAUGAGAUUUUCUAUCCUAUAGUUAUUAUGGAACAAUAAUGCUGUAGUUACCAUCAAUGUAAAACUAAAUCCAUAACUAAGGGUGAUAAAGAACACAUUCAAUGAAUUGUGUUGCAAAACAUUCACUUAAUUCAAAAGAUACAGGGUUAAAUUGAUACUGAGGAAGGUGACCAGCAAUAAAAUAUUUAUUGAAAAUAACUGUUAGAAAAAAAUCCUGUUCAGGGAAUGUUACAUAAACAGACCACAGAUGGGAAUCAAAAACGGUUUCCAUUUUUAUUGAGUACAUUGAAAUGACAGCCAACCAAACGUUUUAAAAAACCUUAAUAAUGACAAAUGAAAACCUUGUGACUUUAUUCCUUGUCAUAACACUACAGUAGUUGUAUUCGUAUCUUACUGAUAUCUAGCUUGUAACCUAAACCCUUGUUCAGUUUUGAAUAACUCAAGGGUAUUUUAUCAUGGGCAUUCAUUUCACAACAUUCAAAUUGAAUCUGCACCUAAUUUAAUUAGUUGGUCUUUUUCUUUUCAACGGGGCUGUUUGGACCUCUAGAAAUAUAAAUAAUGUCAUAUUUUCUGGAAUGAUACUGCUCUUCAACAGAAGGUAAGGUUGUGGAUGCCAUUCUACUUGUGAACGGGUGUUUGGGCGUGAACAGGUUAGUCAUUAAGAUAUCCCUAUUAUUAGCUAUGUUACAAUCAUUUUAGUAGACUAAAACACAAUAUAGUCCAAAUAAAUACAAGAGUUUUAAACCAAAAGUAUACAGUUUUCAGAAAGACCAAGAUCUACAAAAUACUAGUAAUGUGGAUCUGACUGCUUAGUUCAAAGUGACACACAUUAAAUGUUUACUUCUGCCACUUCUUAUAUGUACAAUCCAACAAAGUUUUAUACAACUACACAGCAGUAGACCUAAUACAACAACAUGGACACAGGUGCUGCUUACUCCUUAACACAAUAAUUAAAAUCACUGAAUAAUAAUGGACAAUACAAAACGCACUUGGAUGGCAUCAAUUCAUUUGCUUCCCAGGUUUAAAAGGGGCAAUCUGCAGUUGUUACAAAUUAAUAUGUACCCAUUUUGAUUCUUGAAUAACUUACAAAUGCCUCAUGAGCUUAGUUCAACUGUUGUACCUCAUCAGAACCUAAAAUAAAAGCUUGUUUUACUUCAUUGUUUAUAAACAAAGUAAAUGUGAACUAUUUUGAUCUCAAAGUUGGUCAGUCCUUGAAUUUAUAGCUUUGACUAAAAAUGUGAGUGUGGUUAAAUUUCUCCAGCCCUAUCCUUCAGCUGCAGAUUGCCCAUUUAAAGGGCAACUCCACCACUUCUCAACCUCAUUUAUCUCCAGCAUAAUACCAUUGUUGACAUAUGUGAAAUGGCACAUUUGUUUAUUUAAAACAAUUAAGUGAAGUUCUACCUGAUGACAUCAAAAGUUUACAUUUUAAAAACUGAU